GAACAAAGGGCGGGGCUUAGACGUCGGCUCCGGUUAGCUUAUAAAAUCCGCGUCUCGCCGCCCCCCACCAGCAUUGAAGACGGACGACGUGAGAGCAAGAACUUCAGCAGCGACGUGAGAACAAACCAGAACGUUUGUAAGAAAUGGCUCGUACCAAGCAGACCGCUCGUAAAUCCACCGGAGGAAAAGCUCCCAGAAAGCAGCUGGCGACCAAAGCAGCCAGGAAGAGUGCGCCCUCUACCGGCGGUGUCAAGAAACCGCACAGAUACAGGCCCGGUACCGUUGCUCUGCGUGAGAUCCGUCGGUACCAGAAGUCCACUGAGCUUCUCAUCAGGAAGCUGCCGUUCCAACGCCUCGUCAGGGAAAUCGCUCAGGACUUCAAGACCGACCUGCGUUUCCAGAGCGCCGCUAUCGGAGCACUGCAGGAGGCCAGCGAGGCUUACCUGGUUGGCCUGUUUGAGGACACCAACCUGUGCGCCAUCCACGCCAAGAGAGUCACCAUCAUGCCCAAAGACAUCCAGCUGGCCCGACGAAUCAGAGGCGAGCGCGCGUAGAGGAGCCGGUCAAACCUUUUUACUGGGCGGGGGGGCGACGUUUUGUAAAUUUAAAUUUAACAGCAUGUGUGGUUUUUAUUUGUAGUUUUUGUACUCCACCGACGUCUGUUCAACACUCAAUGUUUGCUAACGUGUUAGUCUGAACCUUUGCUAUCCUGUCUGCAUGCGAUGGGAUUUUCUUGUGCUGUAAAUAAACUUUCUGCUACCUCA